AAACAUGUAAGAGUAGACGAAAUAAAUAAAUAUGUACAAUAAUUGUACAUAUAAAUACUGAUUUACCAAAGUAGGUACCUUCACAACUUCGAACUACUGUGUGUAAUUUUGUUCUUUGACUACGUUGAUUAUAUAAAAUAUAACGCAAUGAAAUUUUUGACUACAGUGCUUCUAAGUUUAUUUUGUUUUAAUUUUGAUGGAAGCGGUGGUCAAAUUAAUCUCAAUCAGCCAUUAUUAGAGAACAACGAAUCGGCUCAAGGUUCAUCUGUAUAUGCCACCGCCACACCUGCUUCUGCGUCAGACUCUCUGGAGACCAUUUCCAUUCAAGAUUUAUUAUUAUCCGGUGUAGAUGGAAAUGAGAAAAUCAAGAAAAGAAUCAUCAGCGAAAUAAAGGAUUUUCCUAAGAAUUUCAGAGAUUACCGAAAGCCAAUAGUUUUCACAACAGCGGAUUACUCUUUUCCUAAGAAGUUGGUCAAAUAUGAUAUGGAUAAAGGAUACAUUGUCUUUCGUGAUGUAAGCGUAUCUCAAUGGUACGAUUAUAGCGAAAAUGCAAACACCGUAUUUUCAUAUUCUAUGACUUGUGAUCCGCCAUCGACGGCUAAAAUACGCGUGGCAUUACCAACGAAUUUGAAAUUCGUAUCCAAUUUUUCAAUAACACACCCACUAGUUGAAACAACAAAGCAAGGAGUAAUUACGAUUGUAAUAAGAAAUGGUACCAUACUGAAGCAAAUUAAGGCUAUGAAUUACACUGCUAGUAAUGUAGAAGAUGCAUUUUUCCUUUCGUACACAAAUUCAAAUGUUGAUGUACAAUUCGAAGGACCUCAAACACUGGUCUACAAUAAAGUGGAAUCUUUCUUGGAUGAAAUAACGUCCUCAUUACGAGAUCUUUUCGCUCAACAAUUGAACGAGCAAAUGGAAGAACGCGGAUUAGACUUAGUUUCAGACUGUUCAAAAGUUCGAUCGACAGAACCACAAGUUAAAAAAGUCAAUUUACCCUACUUUAAUAAUUUUUUGAACAAUUUAUACGUAAUACCUGAAAUGAAAGUCGAUACAUGGCAGGGAAUAACCAUAAGCGCAGGACCUAUCGUAAUCGAUGGAUUUUCUUUCAACAGCACUGAAUUUACCGUUUCACAAACAUAUGUGCCCAAUUGUUGUCGUCCAAAACAAUUGAUUUCACGUCUUAAAACUGGAUCACUGAAGGGUAAAUUUGAUUGGAAUUAUAAUCUAGGCGUGAGUAACGAUAAUGAGAACAAUUCUACGUCUGUUUUCUUUUUCGCCAUCGAUAACAUUCUAUUUGAAAAUGUUUUCUCGACGUAUAACCGUCAUUAUGGAGGUUUCACACAAAGCAUGGAAGUAUAUCUGGGUAAAACAAAACUGAGACCAUCGAAAUCUAUUUCCGAUAUCACCGAAGUAAAAUUUGCGGAAUUCGUUCUAUCCGAAUAUUUAAAAUCCGCGAUUUCCGAUUCUUUGAAAUCGUCUCUGUCAGCUGAAAAGACUGACGAUUCGCAAAGGUCUUUUUUCAACAGUUUUUUCGAUACCUAACUGAUUAGAUCGAAGCAGAUUUGCGUGAACUUAAUGCCGAUUAUUCAACAGACGUGAUGUGACAUUAAUAACAUCGAAUAGGUACUUAUUUUUUAAAGUUCUUAACGAAUAUUGUACACUUAAUUUUAAGUAUCAAGAAUACAAAUACACGAGUAGACUGAUCA